AUGGCGAGCUCACUUGAGAGUCUCCAGCUCCUGCGCAGUCAACUUGAGCUUAUCCACGAACAUCUGCCAGGAUUCCGGCACAACACGAAGAGACUGCCUAUUAUCGACAUCCUUGACUCCCUUGAGUCUACUGAGAGAACUGCUCCAGACGAUGGCGAACACGGAAAUAACGCCACAUCUGCGGCAUCGGGCAAGACGUCUCCCGGUAGUAGCGAUGGUUCAAGCCGCAAUGGAUCAGUGAAAGAUCGAGCUGCAAUCCGCUAUACUUCUUCGCAUCUAUUAAGUGACAGUGGCACUCCCGGCCUUCGUGUCCUUCGCGACAAUGUACGCAACGACAUCGAACAGAUCGAUAGGUUCCUCGCUCGCCAUAAAUCUCGCAGUAGUCGGGACGCAAACGUAUCGACAUUUUCAACAAAUGCACCGUACCUGAUAGCAGUGUGGAACGAGCUCGUCCGAGCGUCUCCAACAGUCGCAGCUGUUGAUAAAAUGUUUGCUGUGCCAUUGGAGAAGGAAUUGCCGAAACCAAACUCUCGAUUGCUCGCAGAAUUCCGAGAAUUCGACUCCUAUCUCACCGGAUCGGAAAGCGAAGACAGCGACUGUAUCUGCUCAAACUCCUGCGCCACCAAACCAGAGCCUCACAAACUAGACAACUCGCUCUUGCAGAUGGGACGUGCGCUUCUCUCAGCUUCCCGAAUGCUUUUGUCCCCUGACUCAAAUGAAAUUGCGCCGACGAAGAUCACUCUCCGGCUCACUCGACUUCUCAUAGAUGUAGACUCACUAGAAACACUAGAGAACUUCGGCUUAAGGAUCAUUGGUCCUCGACACCUCUCAAUUACAUCAGACUCAUCGGUAACGGACCCUCGUAUAGCAAAGACUAUCCAAGAACUCCUCGAAAUGGGACUGGAUGUUGCUCUCGGCGAGCACGAAUUCCUCAUCCCUCCCGAGUUAUCAACGACUUCUGUGAAGAUCGAAUCACGGCUUGUUCCUUCCCGACAGAUUAAUCUUGACCUUUCAGUGCUCAUCGCACUCAUAUCUGACAUAACACAUGCACCACUAUCGACCUCGACGGAAGAAGCGUACAUGAGGUAUAUCCCCACUCCAGCCGAACGUGCACGAACAGACGGACAGAGAAGUGCUGACAACUCUGAUAGUGAUGGGGAAGGUGAAAGUAUUCACUCGCGUGCACUGGCGAACCAAGUGCUACGCGAAUUAAACUUGGGCCUUCUUGACGAGAUCGCAGGAAGACUUGAACCUGCGGAGCACAACUGCACGAAAAGUUGCAUAGAGUUCUGGACAUCGAAAGAGGUGCGGGAUCGCUGUCUACACAUUGUAGAGAAAAUAGGUGGUCCGGCUGAGAAGCGACGUGCCAGCGCUCUAUUCUUCAAUCCUCAUGCUAACAAGGAAUUGACCCUCGGUAUUCCCUAUGUCUCUGCAGAAGAGGCUGCGAAUGCAUACUGGCACAACUCGCGUCAUUCACGGGAUACGCUUCCAAGCCUAGUGCCUCUGCAUAUUUUUGAAGAUGUGGAUGAGGACAUUCAGCCCAAUCAGAUUCGAAUCGGUGAAACACCGCUGGAUCCUUUCUGGAUCAAUCUCGAAUGCGCAUGCAACCGCCUUCUCUCCUCUGGGUCAACCCUCCAUCCGCGCGCAGUCUGUCUCUCUUCCGUUACUCCAGCUUCAUCCAGAGCUCCCGAUGCGAUACCCAACGGCAGAGAAGAGAUACGUCAGGCAGAUGCUACCACAGAUUCAAACGAGAUCGAACGUGCAGCUGUAACGCGCACCAACGCACGCCUCACCACACAUACUGUGAGCACCUUGCAUCGUGGAGUGGUGCGUCAAUGGACGACGUUGACUGCUAACCGGGCGAGUGUGAAAGAGAUGGUGAGGGAGAGUACGAAGGAGAUCAGAGCUGCCUCUACUUCGGCUUUGCAAUGUGAGCGAAGAGACGGAGGAGAGGAGGAUUUAGGGAAGAUGGAAACAGAAGUUGCAGCAAUUUGGGUUGUCGAACCAAGGAGUUUGGCAGAGACUAUGCGUGGUGAUUUUGUUCCUGAGUAA